CGCUGACAACACCGUCAGGGAUACGUGGCCCGUGGUUCUAUGCGAUUGAUGUGUGUUGUUUAUAUUUUUUAUUAUCGAAUUUCACCAAAAAAUUGAAGAGAAGCCAUUGCUAGGCUUCAUUAAUUAUGAUGAAUCCACAGUAUCUGCCACCAGGGCAGAAUAAUAAUGCACCAAAUAAUCCACUUGGCUUCCCACCGACAUCUCAAGACUAUAAUGGUGUCCAAAAUGCUAACAUUUAUAGCCAAAUGCCACCCAAUGGACCUCAGAUGGAUAUGUCUCAAAAGAUGCAGAACCUAAACAUUAAUGGACCACAAGGCCAAUCCAAUAUUCCCACAUCUCAAUUACCACCUGGUCAAUUUCCUCCUUCAAACUUCCCACCAAUGUCCAACUUCAGUGGUCAAUUGCCACCUGGUAUGAAGCCCUUAGGUCAGCAAAGCAGACCUCCAGUAAGCAGUGCUCCACAGCAAUUUCCACCAUCAAUGAACCAAACUGUGCCUCAUUCCUCUGCACCAGGGCAAGUACCCCAGCCGCAAAACUAUGGUCAGCCUCCAAUGCAGCAGGUUCCACCUAACUCUCAACCCCAAGGACCACAGAGUUCUCAGCUUGGCCCCCCACCUUCCAUGGCAAGGGGUGGACAACCGCAAAUGUCUGGACCUCCCCAAGCUGGCUUCCAAGGUCCGCCACCUUCUAGCCAACCUGGUUCGCAACCUCAACAAAUGCGAGGUCCACCUCAACCUGGAAUGCAACAACCUAAUUUAUCUGGACCUGGCUUUCCACCAAAUCGCGGGCCACAAACUGGAACUGGUGGUCCACCACAGCAAGGACAAAUGUCAGGCUUACCUCCACAACCAAUGCCUGGACAGGGAACUCCAACGAGUCAACCUAGCUUUUCACAGUCUGGUUUAACAUCUAGUCAUACUGGAUUGCCUCCUCAACCUAACAUGACUCAAUCAAAAUUACCUCAGUCAGGUCCACCUGGUUCGCAAGGUGGCAUGCCACAACAACCAGGUGAAGUACUAAGUCAACCUGGACCACCCGGUAUUUCACAACAACCAAUUGUAAGUCAACCAGGUCUAUCAUCACAACCUGGUAUGCACUCUCAACCUAGAAUACCACAGCAUCCUGGAAUGCAACCACAACCUGGAAUGCAACCACAACCUGGAAUGCAACCACAGCCUGGAAUGCAACAACAACCUGGUAUGCCACCCCAAUCUGGUAUGGGAUCGCAACCUGGUAUGGGUUCGCAAUUUGGCAUGCCACCUCAACCUGGCAUGCCAUCACAACCUGGAAUGCCAUCUCAGCCUGGAAUGGCACCUCAACCGGGAAAGCCGCCACAACCUGGUAUGCCACCGCAACCUGGCAUGCCACCUCAACCUGGCAUGCCGCAGCAAUCUGGGAUGCCGUCACAUCUUGGUAUGCCACCGCAACCAGGCAUGCAAACACAGCCAGGUAUGCCACCGCAACCUGGCUUGCCACAGCAACCUGGUAUGCCGCCACAGCCAGGUAUGCCACCGCAACCUGGUAUGCCACCACAGCCUGGCAUGCCACCGCAACCUGGCAUGCCACCGCAACCUGGUAUGCCACCUCAGCCUGGCAUGCCCCCGCAACCGGGAAUGCCUCCACAACCAUCUUCACAAUAUAAUCAGUACCAAACGAUGCCCGGCUUACCACAUAUGCCGCCACCACUAAGUCAGCAGAGACAGUUCCCGGCAGCCCCUGGAACUCAGCCUGGAUAUAAUGCUCAAUAUUCUGGGAUGCCACCAAUACCACCACAACAACAGCAAAUGGGCGCGCAAGGCUACCCGCCUUUCCCAGGCCAACAACCAAGCUACAACCCGCAAUACCAGCAACCGCCGCAGAAGCGCCUGGACCCUGACCAGAUGCCUAGCCCAAUCCAAGUUAUGGCUGAUGAUCAGCAAAAUCGUGGAGGAGUUUUCGUCACCAAUGAGAAGGGGCUCGUCCCACCCUUGGUCACGACAGACUUUGUUGUUGACGAUAAGGGCAAUGCCAGUCCAAGAUACAUAAGAAGUUCAAUGUACAGUGUGCCCGUCACCGCUGAUCUCUUGAAACAGACAUCAAUGCCAUUCUGUUUAGUUAUAUCACCAAUGGCCGAGACAGUAGGUACGGAACAAGAGCCCCCUGUACUCGACUUUGCAGCCCUGACCGGCUCUCCCAACAUGGGGCCAGUCCGAUGCAGUCGGUGCAAAGCCUACAUGUGUCCGAAUAUGAAGUUUAUAGAUGCUGGUAGACAUUUCAAAUGUGCUUUCUGUAAAGCUACAACAGAAGUGCCCAUGGAGUACACGCAGUACAUCAACAGCAUGCAGCAGUACGGUCGCGUGCCGGCGGAGAUGGCGCUCGGCGCCUACGAGAUCGUCGCCACCAAGGAGUACUGCCGGAAUAACACCUUACCAAAUCCUCCAGCGGUGGUGUUUGUUAUAGAUGUCUCAUACAACGCUAUCAAAAAUGGCUUAGUGCAGACGAUUUGUGAUAAUGUUUUGGACAUUAUUGAGUCGAUGCCCAAGGACGAACAGACCGGCAAGAGUUGGACUCGUGUGGGUUUCAUAACAUACAGCACAACUGUACAUUUUUAUAAUAUUAAGGGCACACUGGCUCAACCACAAAUGCUGUCAGUGGGUGACGUCGGGGACAUGUUCGUACCCCUUCUAGAAGGAUUCCUCGAGAGGCCAGAAGACAGCGGUCCAGUCCUGCAAGCUCUACUGCAACAAUUGCCAGUCAUGUUCGAAAACAAUAAAGAAACCGAGACGAUAUUAUUACCAGCCGUGCAGGCAGGUUUAGAAGCUCUCAAAGCAGCUGACACAUCCGGUCAACUUCUAGUGUUCCACACAAGUCUUCCAACUUUCAACGCUCCGGGGAAACUCAUCAAUAGAGAAGAUAGGAAACUGCUCGGUACAGAUAAGGAAAAGCAGAUAUUAUCGCCGCAGACGACGGCGUACAACGAGCUGGGCCAGUCGUGCUCCGCGGCCGGCGUGUGCGUCCAGCUCUACGUGUGCAACAACUCGUACGUGGACGCCGCCACGCUGGGGCAGCUGCCCCGGCUCACCGGGGGGCAGCUGCACAAGUACACGUACUUCACGGCCGACACGGACGGCGCGCGGCUGGCGUGGGACGUGCGGCGCGCCGUCACGCGCGCGUGCGCGCACGACGCCGUCAUGCGCGUGCGCACGUCCACCGGCGUGCGCGCCACCGACUUCUUCGGGCACUUCUUCAUGUCCAACACCACGGACGUCGAGCUCGCUGCGAUCGACUCCGACAAGGCGGUGGGCGUGGAGGUGAAGCACGACGACAAGCUGACGGGCGAGGAGGGCGUGUUCGUGCAGGCCGCGCUGCUCUACACGCACCGCAGCGGCCAGCGGCGCCUGCGAGUGCUCAACCUGGCGCUGGCGCUCGCGCAGCAGCUCGCCGACGUGUACCGCUCCGCCGACCUGGACACGUGCGUCAACUUCCUCACCAAGCAGGCCGUGUGGGCGCUGCGCGAGGCGGGCCCGCGCGCCGUGCGCGAGGGGCUGACGGCCCGCUGCGCGCGCUCGCUGGCCGCCUACCGCCGCCACUGCGCCUCGCCCUCCUCCGCCGGCCAGCUCGUGCUGCCCGAGUCCAUGAAGCUGCUGCCGCUCUACACCAGCUGCGUGCUGCGCUCCGACGCCGUGGCGGGAGGGCCCGACAUCACGUGCGACGACCGCUCGUGCGCCAUGUACCGCGCGCUGACGGCCGACGUGUCGCAGUCGCUGGCCUACACGUACCCGCGCCUGCUGCCGCUGCACGCGCUGCCCGCCGCGCCGCCGCAGCCGCUGCGCGCCUCCAUCGACAAGAUGACGGACCAGGGCGUCUACCUGCUCGAGAACGGAGUGCACAUGCUCAUCUGGGUCGGGUCGCAGGCGCCCGCGGACUUCGUCCGGGACGUGUUCGGCGCCAGCUCCCCGCAGCACGUGGAGGCGCACGUGUGCGAGCUGCCCGAGCUGGACACGCCGGCCGGCCGCGCCGUGCGCGACCUCGUGGCCGCCGUGCGCCGCCAGCGCCGCAGCGCCAUGCGGUUAACGGUUAUGCGUCAACACGACAAGCUGGAGACGGUGCUACGUCACUUCCUGGUGGAGGACCGCGGCGUGGACGGCAGCACCUCCUACGUGGACUACCUGUGCCACAUACACAAGGAGAUCAGGUCGCUGCUAUAGCACGACUGACUCGAGACCACAAUGUUUAACGACUUUUAUACGCGUUUCCUUCAGCUCCUUACAGAUAUAUAGACGGCUGAUCGGCCAGACUAACGCGAGGUCAUGUCGAGGUCAUUAAGGAACUCAUUGGAGAUAUUUGCCAACGUUAUGAUAAUCAUUGUUAUCAUAUAACGCGCGCGAAUAAAGAAAAGAUUUAUAAAUGGCGGACAGUACUUAUCCGGUUUGUACGGUUAGCAAAAUAUGUAAUAUUAUUUAUUUGUAACCUAUAUUGAUUAUGCAAUGAGAUUAUUAAAACGGUGCUUGUUUUGACGCCAUUGAAUUAGGUUAUGUAAAUAAAUAAAAUUUAUUAAUUAUAUAUAAUACAGUAAUAAUGUCUUUUAUUUCGAAUGAAUAUUUUAAAUUAAAAUUGAUUUGUGUUUAUGAACUGUUUUUCUAACCGUACAGAGUACAGUCUGCCACCAUUAAUAAAUAUUUUUUCUAUUAGCACGGGUUAGACCUUACGUAACGACGUCACCUAAUUUGUUAAGUCCCUUGUUCGUGUACACUCGCUCACUUAAAAUAAUCUACAGCCAGGAAUGGAUUGUAUUGGCAAACCUUAAUCGCGGAAAUAUAUGCAAAGAGACUGGAUGAAAUAAAAUAGAGAUUUAGUUUGUGUUGUGAUUUGCACUGUGCGUGUCCGCGAGGAGUAACAAAGCGCCUGUAAUAUGUUCUCGGUUGUAAUGGAAAUAGUUUUAUGUAACAAUAAAUGUGAUUUUACAAUUGAUGUUUGUGUUUAGAGGCGUAAAUAAAUCGUUCGUCUGUCCUUUUCUAGCUUAUAAAGUUAGAUUGUGAUAGAUAAUUUUUUUUUUUUUACGAAUUAAUAUAUCUCUAAUGUAACGUUCAAAUAUUUGUUACGUUAUUGUGACAGUUUAAAAAUAAAAGGUCAUAAGUAUUUUUUUCUGAAAAUACAACGCAAUACAAUCGGUUAUGGCGUUGGAAUUAUUAUCUAGAUUUUAACAUUGAUUUUAUAUAAAAGUUUAUUUUAAAUUACAACUGAUACAUUGAUUAAUUAUUAUUAACAAUAGAAUCGACUUCAACUCUCAUUACAAGUAUUAUCGUGGAGCCUGCCUGUUAUCUGUAACGCCGUUUUGUAUACAGAUCGCCAAAAGAUAAGAUAAAUUUGUAAUACUUUAAAGUUCCAAGUGUACUUUUAGCGUAUUUAUAAAGUCGUUAAACAUUGAUAACACGUCACCGUGUCGAAACUUAAAUUGUUAUAAUAAUUCCGUAUUGUGUGAAGAUCUUAUUGCGUGAGUUAUAUUUAUGUGGAGAAUAUUUUAUAUUGUGUACGUUGAGGUUAAUUGUUAUACGGGCUGUUGAUAAAAUUCAUUAUAUUAGUAGACUGUAAGUUUGUCUAGUCUCCAGUUUUUGAAACGCUGAUUCGAUUGUCUCGUCUUUAUCUCUGAACGGUGAUUGGUUGAUAUCUACCGAUGAGACAAUAAGCGACCAAUGAGCGUUCAGUAUUUUUUUUUUUAUAUUCAUAGCUUAAGAAACUGGUGAUAAAUAAUUCAUAAACAUUUUAAACUUUAUAGUGGGAGGUACUUUAAACAGAGCAGUAAGCUGUAUGUAUGACGUAAUGACCUUAUUUACAAACAUAUAGUUAGUUUCAUGUUAGUAUGUGUGGAUGAAAUCUUACAGUUGAAUUAUAACCAAUUCAACAUUUUAGGUACUGGUGACAAAACAAUACACUAAUUUAGUAAUUAAACUAGGACUGUGUGAAGCUUUUAAUAUCGAUAAUAAUAUUUAAAACAUCUAAGAUAUAUCUAUCUCGCUCACACGACUAUAACUUAAAUGUAAUAUAUUUUAUUAAUAGCCUCUGUAAUGUUAAUGACCUAAUAUUAAAAAUUAUACAUGGAUUGAAUAAUUUUGAACUUCAAUGUACAUUAUCUAGAAUAAAGGUAUAUCAAAUAUUUGCAAGUGUCAAAUUAUCGAAGAACAAUAAGUAAUGUGAAUGAUACAGUUGUUUUUGAAAUUUCGAACUGUUUGAACGACCAAGAUGUUAUAAGAUUAUAUAGAAAACUUAAUUUAUAUAUUUUUCUAUUGUAAUAAUUUUAUUCUGACAAAAUUUUCCUUCGUUAUAAGUAUGUUCACACUGAUAUAAUUUUAUGUUAUUUUGAUAAUUAUGUAUCGCUGUUUAUUUUAUUGUUCUACGCAAUAAGUAUAUAUA